AGUUCACAUGACGAGACAUGGCUUACUCAGUCAGUGUGGUUAUGUCCGACAUCUAACUGCGUCUACUGAGCGUUGUUUCCCCAGCAGGACGUUUUCUUUACGAAUACCACAUUUAAAACUAAAAGUCUUUUUUUUUUUAAUCUUCAGAUAGCAGAGAAACGUAAACAACAAGAGUGACGCCUCGGUUUUAGCUAACAGUCCGUCAAGUCAAGUGCAGUUUGUGCUGCGUCGCGCCACAGACCCACCUGCGCCUGCAGCGGCGGCGACACAGCACCACUUCUCCGGGCUUUGUUUUUGUUUCCAUCAUCCAUCCCAGCCGGGACGAAAAGAAGUGAAGUCUGCCCUGUGGUGUGGUCUGACCUGAAUAAUGAAACUCUCUCACGCUUUGGCCGCGCUCAUCAUCGGCGGGUGUGCGGCUUUAGGUUGCAUUCAGGCUGUUACUCUUGAGGUGAAGGAGGGGAACUCCACCUGCAUUAAGGCUGAGCUUUCUGCAUCGUUCUCCAUCACGUACAACACCUCUAGUAGCACAAGAACAGCGCAGGUCUCUCUGCCUAACUCCGCCACAGUCGAUACAGGCAGCAGCUCAUGCGGCACAGACGGCAGCUCACCGUGGCUGGUGGCGGUGUUUGGAUCCGGCCACGCACUGGGGCUGAGCUUUUCAAGCAAUGGUAGUCUGUACAGUGUCACUAACCUGACGCUGCAGUACAACCUCAGUGACACAUCUGUCUUCCCUGAGGCCAACAGCUCCAUUGUGGUCACUGUAGAGUCAGCUUCAGUUGGGAUCUGGGCGACAAUCAACACCACCUACCGCUGUGUGAGCGCCACCACUUUUACAGUUGGUGGAGCAACUGUCACUUUCUCUGAUGUGAGGCUAGAGGCGUACAUGCCUGGAAAUGACCUGAGUCCAACAGAAAGUGUAUGUAUGGCAGAUAAGGCAAGUACCACAGCUCCAUCCACCACUGCUGCUACUACUACAACAGCAGCUCCAGCACCAACCCCUCCAGGAACACCUGAACAGGGCACGUACAUUGUAAACAAUAGCAACGGCACGGUUUGCCUCCUGGCCCAGAUGGGACUGCAGUUCAACGUCUCCUAUGUCUCUAAAUCUCAGAAUAAGACUGUCCAAGAUUUCGUAAACCUGACUCCCAAUCUGACAAGUUCAUCAGGAUUAUGUGAAGCCAGCAGAGCUACCUUGGUUUUGACACAAGAGCAAACCACUGCUCUCAACUUCACCUUCACUCUGAACUCCACGACCAACAAGUACCACCUGAGUGGGAUAGCUCUGCUCGCUAAUUGGUCCGAUAUGACUGCUCCUUUCUCAGCCAGUAAUAUGAAUCUGAACUACCUGCGGAGUACUCUGGGCCGUUCUUACAUGUGCAACGCAGAGCAAACUUUGGUUGUGGAACCAAACUUCUCUCUCAACACAUUCAGACUGCAUGUCCAGCCCUUUGGAGUCACCACCAACCAGUUUGCUACAGCGGAGGAGUGUCAGAUGGACCAAGACCAGAUGCUCAUCCCCAUCAUUGUGGGAGCAGCUCUUGCCGGCCUGGUGCUGAUCGUGCUCAUUGCGUACCUAAUAGGCAGAAAGAGGAGCCAUGCUGGAUACCAGACCAUCUGAAUGGACCCUUAAUUUAACUUAAACCUGACAGACUGAAUAGUGGAGAGAUGAAUCUAUGAAUCUAAGCGUGCAAUUGAGCAAGUGGACACAAGCAUGAGUGAAUGAAAGCAGUUGUUUUCUGUGGUGAGUGCACGUUUUUUGUAUAUCCUAUGUGACCUCUGGAUAUUUUACUUCCCUUUCACUUUCUCUGUGGAAUGAUGAUCAGAAGCCAAAUAUCUGCUAGGUUUAGAUGGUGUGCAUCUUGAUGCUGCUUGAAAGGACUGAGUCUCCAUAUAUUUAGGAUGGAGGCCAUUUGAAUUUGCUUUAGCAAGCUGACCAUCAGCUGUUUGGCUCUACUCUUGUUUCAUUAUGUUCUAGGAAGUGGUUGAAUUUGCUUUAACUGCGGUUUGUUGUUUAAAACAAUGUAAUUAUUUUUAAAGAACCAUUUAAUACCCCAUGCAGUUAAAGAGCGAGACACAAAUUAACUGUAGGAUAAAGCUAAUUUUAAAGUUCCAGUGGCGUGUCCACUGCACUGGUGUCUGACAAUUUAGGAUUUCUCCACAAGUAAAAACAUUUCAAGUUAGGUGGAAUUUUAUUCUCACAUAUGCCGGUAUUGUUUUUUUAACUUCACAAGCAUAACAUAAACCCAGUGACUCUAAGAGAAGGGAAAGCUCUGAAUGUGUGUCUUUUCCAAUCAUAUUCCUCCACAAUGGAGACUGAUAAAUACCUGAACUGCCCAAUGGCUGCACUGCAGCUCAAGAAGAUAAAUGGUAAUUGUGAUGAUAAAAAUGUGGGUCCCUGUUUUGUGUAAACAGUGUGUAGUGGUCCAGCCUUGCACAGACUACAACUCUGCAUUACUAAAAUUUAUUUAACAGCACAAGUGAACAGGUGCAUGGGUUAAAUUUCAAUUGUUGCUCUUCCCCUCCCUCUCCCAACAGAAAUGUUAAUAUGAAUUGUAGUGAUUUGACCAUUUAUUUUUAUAGAAAAUGAUGUGAUCUCAUUUUCUAUUAUGCAUCUUACUGAAAGUUAAUAAAACUCUUAAAAGUC